AUGAAAAGAGCUCCAGGGUAUGAGGAUGCACACGAUGCUUUGAUAAACCAUCCAGGCUUGAAACUGGUCCAAAUGCUAUAUCCUACGAGACUUGAGCGUCGAAGACCAGUACCCAUGGAUCUCAAAAGUGUUCCUCCUUUAGGGGUAGGCAAUGACGACUCUCUGGAUGUGUUUAAAGAAUUAAGCGAAAAGCUUGAUAUCAACGACCCACUUUUUCUUCGCCAAUGGCAUUUGUUAAACACCAGGUACCCUGGAAACGACAUAAAUGUCAAGAACGUGUGGUAUAGUGGUAUCCGUGGUCACAACGUUACAGUAGCAGUGGUGGAUGACGGUCUAGACUACGAUCUGGAAGAUUUAAAAGCCAACUUCAACGCCAAAGGCUCAUGGGACUUUAAUGACAACACAGACUUGCCCGCUCCACGUCUUUUUGACGAUUUCCACGGUACACGCUGUGCUGGCGAAAUUGCAGCUGUCAAAAACGAUAAAUGUGGAAUUGGUGUGGCGUAUGAGGCAAAAGUUAGCGGGAUCAGAAUACUUUCAGGUCACGUAACCCUGGAAGAGGAGGCAGCUGCAUUGAUUUAUGGUCUUGAUGAGAAUGACAUUUAUUCAAACUCAUGGGGACCCUCAGAUAACGGUCAAACCGUUGCCGGACCCAGCUUGUUGGUUCGAAAAGCCUUCAUUAAGGGAGUACAGGACGGUCGUCAAAAUAAAGGGGCAGUUUACGUCUUUGCUAGUGGUAAUGGUGCUGACAACUAUGAUCAGUGCAAUUUCGAUGGGUAUACCAAUUCGAUAUACUCCAUCACCGUGGGCGCCAUUGAUCACAAAAACUUGAUUCCAAACUACGCAGAGUCAUGUUCUGCUGUUAUGGUGGUCACCUAUAGUUCAGGCUCAGGUGAAUCCAUUCAUACAACUGACUCAAAAGAACAAUGCUGUCAUACCCACGGAGGGACAUCAGCAGCUGCUCCAUUGGCCGCUGGAGUGAUUGCAUUGAUGUUGGAGGCUAAUCCAGAGCUAAGCUGGAGAGAUGUUCAGCAUAUCGCUGCAAGAGCUGGUGUGACUGUGAAUGAAGAUGACGGGGAGUAUCAGGAAACCACCUUGGGGCUCAAGUACUCCCACAAGUACGGAUACGGAAAGAUGGAUACAGAGAAGCUUGUCAAUAUAGCAAAGGAGUGGAAGGUUGUGAAGCCGCAAGCCUGGUACUACGCCGAUUUAGUUGAGGUCAACGAGACGGUCUGGUCCACGACAACAGGUGCUAGUGACUGGAUAUCUAGCAGUGCAAAUAUCACCGAGGACGAUUUGCAGCUCGUCAACUUCGAACGUGUUGAACAUGUCACAGUGAAAGUCAACAUAGAGUCCACUUUUCGUGGUCAAAUCCAAGUAAGAUUGAUUUCGCCUGGAGGAGUCGUAAGCAAACUAGCUGAACGUCGACCAUUUGAUAGAGUUGGAACUGGCCUUCAGGAUUGGACGUUCAUGUCUGUGGCACACUUUGGUGAGAGUGGUGUGGGAGUUUGGAAGUUGGAGGUUUCGAGUUCACGUGGAGAGAAUGAGGUCACUUUGAAAAACUGGCAACUUCGAUUCUUCGGUGAGGCAAUUGAUGCUGGUCAAGCAGAAAAGUACGAUAUAAGCAAGGAUUAUGCUGCUGAGCGUCGAGAUUUAAGCAAGGAAGUACUGAUACAGACCACCGCUACUGAAGCAAUUCUGACAGUUCUUCUGACCACCUCCGCCACUUCGAAAGCGACCGAUAGGGCGUCAAUUACCUCAACCGAUGCUGUAACUUCAACGAUAUCCACAGGUCUGGAAUCUGAAAAGUCUAAGAACCCUCAGGAGACGGCUAACCAUGGCGGUAAGCACAGUGCAUUGGAAAUUGAUGCACAAGUGUUGCUAGCAAUAGCGGUUCUUAUAUUCAUAAUUGCAAUUGUUGUUAUGAGGAGGCAUAACUCACUGAAAGUCAAUAGACGGCGCCGGGCUGAAGCGAUUGAGUUCGAUUUAGUUCCUGGGGACGAUUACAGAGACACAUCGGAAGAGGAGUUGGAUUCAUCGAGUUUGAGCAGCAGGCACCUUGACCGGGAUGAUACAAGGUUGUUAAACGAGCAUCUGACGUUUCAAGUCGGCGAUUUUGAGGGAUCGGAUAUGGAAAAUGGGAUACAACCUGAUGAACAAGGAAUUCGGGGAUAA